AUGAUGUUCUUCAAGUAAGAUUUUAUAAGUGGUAUUGUUUAAGCUUUUAGCGUUUCUUCGCUGGUUUUAGUUCGGUGCUAGACCCUCUAUUGGCUCAAGACAACUGUACCUUGGAGACAAUUCUUGACGAGGACACUUUACAAGAAAUCAAAAUAAAUGGUGCAACAAAAUUUGGCAAUUUGUAAGCAUUUUUGAUUUAUUAGAGUGUCACAAAGAAUAUAGAAACAUUUAGUAAGAUGGUGGGAUACUUGUGUGUGAAUGAGGAUGAGGAAUAUAACGAGAAGACUUAGAUUAGGUAAAAUGAUUAAACUUAAAAAUCAUAAGAUACCCCUUCAUGAUUAGUGAGGCAAUAGGGAAUGAGAACAUCCCAAUCAUAGAUUAUCUAUUCGAAGCAGAUAAAUCGAGUCCAAAUUAUGAGCAGAAUGAAGAAAUUAGACGGGAAUUCCUACCCAAGAUUUUCGAUAUCUUAGAUAGGGAUUACUUGAAUGUGACUCUUGCCAGUUAUUUAUCCAAAGUGGUGUGUGCAAUCAUCAGGAGAAGAGGUUUUGACGUAUUUAUUGUGCAUAAUCAUACAAGCUGUGGAGAUUCCUUUCUCAGCCAGAACAUAAAUCAAUUUUGAGUAAUUUGAUUAAGAAUUUGGAUGUAUUCCAUGUUGCUGAAAUCAUUGAAAAGUUGAUCAUACUCGACACCAAUCAAGAACAAUAAGACAAUCAAACUGUCUUCUUGGAGGAGAGAAGCGAUCUCCUGCGUCGAGUGAUUCGAGUCUUCGAAUACAAAACUCAUCAAAAUGACAUCACUGAUAAUUGUAGUCAUAUAAUCAUUGAAAUCCUCAAUAAGACAGAACUGUUCCUUUCUGUCCUUAACAUCCCUGAAAAAUUCUUUGCCAUUGCUGUAACAUCAUCACCCUAUUUCUAAGUUAAAUUCCAGCUCAGCAACUGUAGUUUCAGUGUUAAUCACUCUACUCGAAGCCACUCAUCGAUACGUACAACAGCAACAAGAGAAGAACCCCUCUUACCAAUUUAGUUAUAACUAAUACUACCCCAUUGCCUAAGAGUUCAAGAAUGCCUUGUUGGCUGAAAAGAUAUCAAUUAGUAAUUUCAAUUAAUUAUUCAAGGCGCUUUCAAUACUACCUAUGGAUUAACAUAACAGCCAUUUAGCUAGAUGAAAUUGAAAUUGCUACAAUUGUAUCUAACCAUCUUACGGUUUAAUGAUAUCGAUUUGAUCAAUCAAUUUGAUCAUAAAGGAAUUUAUGCAUAACUUAUGAAGUUUAUCAUCGAAUACGAAUUCAACAAUCAAUUGCAAAAUCACUUCUAUGAAAUAACAGUCUUCAUUUUUGAUAGACCCUAAUUCGAGGAUAUUCAAAAUGAUUUCUUAUCCUUAGAUCUUGCAUCUUUCAUUAUGAAAUACAAUAGAUACGAAAAAGAAAUCAUAGGAGCCUUGAAUUCUCAAAUCAGAAGAGGCUAUGUGGGUAUUUUAAGCAAAUUGGCAUAUUAUUUCAUCCACAAAUUUGAUAAGAAUUAACAAUGGAAUCAGUAUGUCGAGGAAGUGCUUGAGUCCGUUAGAAAUGUUGAAAAUCAAUAUAUGUUGGGAGUGAACCCAAGACCUAAGAUUCCUAUUGACACAAAUGAUGAAGGUAUGAAUGAAAUGUUUAGAGUACUAUUAUUAAUUAACAAACUUAGAACUUUUAAAAGAACAAAAUAUCUUAAAGCAGUCAACAACAACAAGCUCAAUAAUAAGAUCAAUAGCCAACAGUGGAAGUGGAGGAAGAAACAGAAGAAUAACAAAACGAUGAUGAUCAAGAUGACAACUUCUAGGCUAUUCAAGGAGAAGAUGAUUAAGUUGAAUCUGUCAACUCCAAGAAACCAGAGAUGUUGAUUGAUGUUGAGGAAAUUGAGAAAGUUAUUAAUAGUCCAGAAACCAGUCCUAAAGUUGGUAAUCCAAACAUUCAUGUAUUUUAGUUGAAUAAAUUAUCUAAUUCUAAGAACAAAACUUAAGGACCUCUCCUUAAGCUAGUGAAAUCAUCACUGAUCAAACUGUCAAUAAAUAUUGGAAGGCUCACGAAGGCUUGGAACAUCAAGAACCUGGUAGAAAGGGUUCAUAGGAUGAUAUUCACAAGCAUUAAUCUGAUCAUCACGAUUAAUUGAAACAUGAAGAAAGCCAAAAGGAAAAUUAAGAACAUCAUGAAUAAGAAUAGUAAAUUCAACCCAAAGAGAAUAUGUAAAUUGAAGUUUAGGAAGUUAAGGUGGAAAUAAUUAAUUCACCCGAAGAAAAGUAAUAAUAAUAAUAGCAAUUGGAAGAAGAAUAAUAAGAAUAAGAAAAUAAGUAAUAAGAAGUCUAAGAAGAAUUAAUCAGUUGA